AUGGUGGAUGAUGACGCAACCGACAACCUGAUCGUCUAUGAGUUCCUUGUUUUCCUCCCAGCGGGCUUCAAGUGCUGGCUCAAGCUGCUGGGCAAGUUCGCCUGCGAACUCCGCAAGUACCCUUCCUGCAAGCUGUGGAUCCGAGAGGGAGGCGGUAACCAGCCUAGCUGGGACCUAAAGGUGUGGCAGGACGACCGCAUGAACAUGUUCCUGAUCGGGGGAUGGCAAGAGUUUGCGGCUCAUUAUGAGCUGCAAGUAGGCUACGCCGUGAAGCUCCAGUCCCGCGGCUAUGGCCACUUGUCGGAGAAGAUCUUCGAUGACAGCAUGUGCCGCUGGAGUUACUACCCUCCGCUUGAGGAUGAGUUCGGCCCCUCCACUCCGUAG